AUGGAGGUGAGGCUAACGACGAAAGAAGGAAAAGGUGGAAACUCUCUUCAAUCAGUCCGCUGCUUCGUAUCUCGUGCCAGCGAUAAGUCGUUGCCUCCUGUACAUACUGACCAGUGUGUCGUCUUACCUCACUCCACCUGGUGUCCAGUUUCAGUCUGCCACGUGCUCGGCACGACCGUCACCGCCAACCCCGACAACGUCGAGCACAUGCUCGCCACCAACUUCAACAACUUCCCCAAAGGGAAGCCCUUCUCUUCGAUCCUCGGGGACCUUCUGGGCAAGGGGAUCUUCAACGUCGACGGCGACCUCUGGAUGUUUCAGCGUAAGAUGGCGAGCUUGGAGCUAGGCAGCGUCUCCGUUCGGUCCUACGCUAGAUCACCAUGCCACGAAGAAUCCGUUCCCCGCAGGGCCAUCGGGCAGGUCGACGCCCUGGCUGACGAGGUGAUAAGGCAGAGGAGGAAGCUAGGGCCGUCGUCGUCGAACUCCGACCUACUGUCCAGGUUCAUGGGCUCGGUAGACGACGAUAGGUAUCUGAGAGACAUAGUCGUCAGCUUCUUGCUGGCUGGUCGAGACACGGUGGCUUCAGGACUCACGACAUUGAUUUUGCUGUUAUCGGACCAUCCCGAAGUGGUGGCGAAAAUGAGACGGGAGAUCCACGCCAACUUGAAAGGAAAUUCGAUGAGUUACGAGGCGCUGAGAUUCCCGCAGACUUCGAGUCGAACUGUACCGCGGGACGAUGUUCUCCCUGACGGCACGUUUGUGAGUAAAGGCGGCAGGGUGACCUACCAUCCCUACGCAAUGGGGAGGAUGGAGAGUAUAUGGGGAGAGGACUGGGCCGAGUUCAGGCCCGAGCGGUGGCUGAGCGAGAGCGGGUCCUUCGUGCCGGUGGGCCCGUUCAAGUACCCUGUGUUUCAGGGCGGGGCCCGCGUUUGUUUGGGGAAGGAGAUGUUGUGGAUAAUGGAGUCAUCUUCAAGCACUCAUCGUGGAUUGAUGUGCUAUUGUGGAAGGAGGGCUAUACUCUCCAGAUCUGGAACUAAGACGAACCCUGGUCGAUUGUUUUUAGGAUGUGCUAAUUGGAAAGUGAAUAAUUGUGGAUUCUUCAAAUGGGUGUCUGAUGAAGAGGAGUUUGAAGGUUCAAAGGCAGGGCUUGUUCAGACGAAGCAGUCGAGCGUGAUGUCGCAAGUUUCAAGUGCCGUGUCAAUUGGAGAAAUGCGGGAAAGGAGAAAGAUUGAAAUUGAUAUUAUGGAUUUGUUGAAGCUUGCUGUAUUUGUUCUUUUAAUUGGUAUUUUUCUUGGAUUUGUUUACUUCAUGGCCCUUUAG